UACUGAGGCAAGCACUACAUACACUUACACAGGCUUAUAAAGUAGAACGCAAAUAUGACACUUAUACAGUCAUUGGUGGGUGCAUUGUGCGUAUGUGCACACAUGCACCUGAGCGGUGCUGUGCAAUUGGCCGCCAGUGAUGGUUUUCAGGCUGUGACUUGUGGAAGUUCGAUUAAGCUUAUGAAUGUGCAAUCCAAAAUGUACAUGCACUCGCACGAAGUAAGCUACGGAACAGGUAGUAAACAACAGAGUGUAACCUCGGUGCCACAUAAAGAUGAUGUGAAUAGCAUGUGGGUAGUCAGGGGUACACAGACGAAGCCGUGUAGCGUUGGGAAGCCUGUCAUGUGUGGAGAUACAAUUAGAUUAACACACGGACAGACGAAUAAGAACUUUCAUAGUCACUUGCACGUAUCACCUCUGUCGCGGCAGCAGGAGAUUAGUGCGUAUGGGAAUGAUGGAGAGGGUGAUCUAGGUGACGAGUGGGUAGUGGUCUGUGACAACCAAACCAAGUGGCUCAGAGGCGAAAAUGUCUUCUUAAAGCACAACCAGACGGGCAAGUGGGCCUCCACGAGUAAGGACUUUGGUUAUGGGCGUCCUAUCGAGGGACAAUAUGAGGUCGCCGCGCGCAGCCAGAAAGACAGUCGAUGCAGUUGGAUUGUCAAGCUCGGUAUCUUCAUGCGCGACUCGGAAGAAUAAACUAGACACAGCCGGGGAACUGAAGCUGGAACGUGUCGUUAGAAAUACACCGCGGAAUAAUGUACCGUGAAUUGGUGUCCCGCGAAUCGUGCACCGUAUUUGGAACCGUGCUGCUCUUGUACCGUCAGUCGGCAGCGCUGCCUCACUCCUUACCUGCCACUGCCUGAAGUUCUAAAAAGCGAAAAAUAAAUCGCACACCGCUUCACAAGUUGCCAUCCUCGGAAUAAAUAGAUUUGAGAGCCACUGAAUUGAAGAAAUGGG